AGAGUAUAUCUGUUAUUUUUCCAUUAUAAAUAUAAAAAAGAUUAUUUUAAAGGCGAAUUGCCACAUAUGGCCCUGUACUUUCAGAUUAUACAGUUUGCUCCCCUUUACGACUCCAAGACUAGGCAAGAAGUUGACUGCAUGGCAAGGGAAAAUGGUAGGCUUUCCAGUUUUGAAUGAACAAUUGAAGUGGUUGGUGUUGUGGAAAGGAUGGAAUUUGUACCAUCUGAAACAGAUCAACAGUGUGGUCUUCACUUGUGGCCUCUCACAUCACACUUCAUUUUUCAGCAAACUACUCCGCCUUUGCUUACUUCUUCCUUCAUUCCCGUCUUCUUAUGCUUCUUCUCUCUUCAAUCACAUCACAAACCCCACUAUACAUACAUGGAACAUCAUCUUCAAAGGCUUUUCUAAUACUUCACACCCUCAAAGCUCCAUUAGUUUCUACAUUCAAAUGCGCCAACAUGGACUUUUUCCUAAUAAACAUACCUUUCCUUUGCUUCUAAGAGCCUUUUCUAGAGCCAAGAAUCAAAACCCACUUCUAGUUUUAGCUCAAAUACAAAAGUUUGGAUACACUUCUGACCAGUUUGUGCAGAACUCUUUGGUUUCUUGUUUUGCCAGCAGUGGGUAUGUCGACAUUGCGCUCCAAGUGUUUGAUGAAAUUACACACAAGGAUGUGCUUUCUUAUACUGCUCUAAUUGAUGGGUAUGCCCGGAAUGAUCUGCCAGUUAGAGCUUUGGAACUUUUUCUGGAGAUGAGACAAGAAGAGGUUAAGGUGGAUGAAGUUGCUGUAGUAGCAGCUCUUUGUCCUGCUGGAACAUUGAGAUAUGUUUGGUUUGGGAGGUGUCUUCAUGCUUUCUAUGUGGAAGCGGGGAGGGUUUCUAGGGAUGUUUACAUUGGCAGUGCUCUUGUUGAUAUGUAUGCUAAAUGUGGAUUUUGGGAUGAUGCCUUGAAAGUUUUUGAAGACAUGCCUUACAAGAAUCUUAUUUUUUGGAGUGCUAUGAUUGCUGCCUGUGUACACUGCAAUAGAUUUAGGGAAGCACUCUCUGUUUUCAAAGACAUGCUGUCCGUAAAGGUUGUGCCAAAUCAAGUAACAUUGACGAGCGUUCUCAGUGCAUCCACUAGGCUUGGGGCACUGGACGAGGGCAGAUGGAUUGCUAAUUAUAUAAAAGAACACAAAAUAAAAUUCAAUGCAGUACUUGGCACUGCUUUGAUAGAUAUGUAUGCAAAGUGUGGGUGCAUCGAAGAGGCAUUGUUGGUUUUUGAGAAGUUGCCAAAUAAAGAUGUUUAUGUAUGGACUGCUAUGAUCAAUGGCUUAGCAGCACAUGGUGAUGCUGCAAAAUCCAUGGCCUUAUUCUUAGAAAUGUUGAGAAAUGGUUUAAGGCCCAAUGAAGUAACCUUCAUUGGAAUUCUCAGUGCUUGUUCUCAUGGAGGACUCGUGGAUGAAGGAAGACGGUUCUUCUCAUUAAUGAACCAAGUUUAUGCUGUAAAACCUAAUUUAGAUCAUUAUGGCUGUAUGGUCGAUCUUUUGGGCCGGGCCGGGCUUCUGGAAGAAGCUUGUAAAUUGAUUCAAGACAUGCCAAUGAAACCUACACCUAGCAUAUGGGGUGCUCUCUUUGGUUCUUGCAUGAUUCACAAGGCUUAUGAAUUAGGUGAAUGGAUAGGAAGACAUCUAAUCGACAUACAGCCUUAUCACUGUGGCAGAUAUACACUCUUGGCGAAUUUGUAUUCUACUUGUAAAAAUUGGGAAGGGGUAGCUCAAGUCAGGCAAAUGAUGAAAGAAAUGGGUGUGGAAAAGACCCGAGGGUGUAGUUGGAUCGAAUUGAACGGGGAAGUGCAUGAGUUUAUCGCCUUUGAUGGUUCACAUACUAAGUCCGAAUACAUUUACACAAUUUUGGACAACCUAGUCAAUCAUCUGCAACAGAUUACUAUUUCUCCAUGUGCUGAUUCUUUAGUUCUUGAGAGGAGCUGAAAGUAAGCAGAGUUUAGGUGGACAUGUAUUUGUCGAGAGAAGUGGAGCCAUGGAAAUUCAAAGUGUCAGUUUGCUUACAAAUUACAAGUUGCUGUCUCAUCUUAACUAGUUUAAGGAUAAACUUGGCAUCCAUGCAAAAUCUGAAGGCCUGUUUGAGGAUGGCAUAACCAUUUUGGUGUCUCUUGACUGAAUGGAUACUUACUAGCUUCGUUAGUGUUCCUUCCUCUAUCCAGUGCUCAAAUUUUGUUUUAUAUAUUCAAAUCCAAACAUCUUAAUUGUUGAAAAGCAUAGUCCGGUGCGAAGAAAUCACUUAGCAUUUUUUCUGUUACUGAGAUUUGAACUUGAGGCCUCAUGGUUAUCACUUCAUGGACCACUAGGCCACAACAUUUUGAACAAAUUACAAUAUAAUCUUUUUUUCCGGUUGCUAAU